AUGAAGUCGUCCACUCUGGUCACUCUCUUGUGCUCCAUGGCCACAGCUGCAGUUAUCCCUCGUGAUACUGUCUUCGAUGGCCAUUGCUGCUUCACGUUACAAGAUGUGGCAACUAGUGCUACAGUCCAACAAAACAGCGACGGCAACCUGCUGCUUAAUGCCGGCAAAACCAACGGCUUCUACUGUAUCGAUCUGUCCAAUUCUCAAGACAUCCUUCGAGACAACGCCUUCAACGCUUGCUUUCUCAGCCCAAGCGGUGCUCUCAAAUGCGUCGAUCCAACGCCUGGUUUCCAAUCAUGGACGUUACAAAAGAGUGGCAGCAAUACGCUUCUUCAGCACGAUGGAGGAAGCACGUUCAACUCCUGCUCAAAGACUUCUACGAGUGCAAAGGGUACUGUUCUGUAUGGAGAGAAACACACAGAUGCUACGACGUGUAAGAAGGUUACACUGAAGGCGAAGAAUUUUAAGGGCACAUGCAAGAGUUUGCAGGGUUGA